AUGGAGAUUGUUGAGCGCGUUGUCGCCUGCUCCCACCCGUCCCUCCCCUCCACUAGGCCACUCGCACGCGCAUCACUCCCUGCCAUCCCCUUCCCGCCUCUCACGCCUCUCAUCGCCGCGGCGCCACUCAGCGACGCUGCACGCAUCUCGACUCGCCUCCUCCCUCGUCCCCUCUCCUUCACUCCUCUCCUCCGCGCCGCGCGUCUUCCCUCUCCCCCCUCGGCGCGCGUCGUCGCGGCCCGCUUUAUCGCGCGCUGCGUCGGUGCGGGCGGCAGCCGACGCGGGAAGCGAUGGCGGUGGCCCCGCCACCGCGGAAGGUGCGUCGCCGGCCAUGUGUGGCUCCCCGUGUCCCCCCAUUUGCACAUUCCACCCGUCCCCCUCACUGCCUUUCCCCCCCACCCCCUCCCUCCAACACAAGCCUCUUUCUCGUCCGUCGACUUGCGGCUGCUAUCCUGUCGUUGCUCUCGCCCACCUCCCUUUCUCCCCCCCUCCCUCCCGCGCCCCACCUACCUCCUUCACCUCACCCACCUCCCGUCCUCACCGACCUGCCUCUUUCGUCUCCCGCUCCGGUGUGUUCAUCCGCCGUCCUUCUCCCUUCCUCCCUCUGGUUCCGGCCAUAUCCCCAACGCAACCCCUCAUCCCUUCCUAUCAUCCCCAUCACCUCCGUCACUCACUCAUCCCUCACUGCUUCCCGCGGCCCCUUUGCUUCCCGCGCCCCUGCUUCCCCCGCCCUCCCCCGCUCCCCCCUGCUUCCCCCGCUACCCCCUACUUCCCCCGCCCUCCCUGCUUCCGCUGCCCUCCAUGUUUCCCCCGCCCUCCUUCCUCCCCUGCCCGCCGUGCUUCCCUCCACCCUCCCUGCGCCCCUUCCCACUCCUCCUCCCCCCCUUCUCCAUCGCACCUGCUGCACCCGCACCCCCGCCAGCAGCGCCAGGGCCAGCAGCGCCAGCACCACCAGCAGCGCCAGCAGCGGUGGACCCAGCAGUGGCGGGCAGUGAGCUGAGGCGGCGGUUCCUGGAGUUCUAUGCAGCGAGGGGCCACGCGGUGCUGCCGUCCGCGUCGCUGGUGCCGGCGGACCCCACCGUGCUGCUCACCAUCGCCGGCAUGCUGCCCUUCAAACCCGUCUUCCUCGCCCAGCGGUGUGUGCGCACCAACGACGUGGAGAACGUGGGGCGCACGGCGUGCCACCACACCUUCUUUGAGAUGCUCGGCAACUUCAGCUUCGGGGACUACUUCAAGCAGGACGCGUGCCAGUGGGCCUGGCAGCUCGCCACUGAGGAGUUCGGCAUACCAGAGGAGCGCAUCUGGGUGAGCGUCUUCCGCGACGACGAUGAGACGUACGCCAUCUGGAAGGACCAGGUGGGAGUGGCGCCGGAGCGCAUUCAGCGGCUGGGCGAGGAGGACAACUUCUGGGCGAGUGGGCCCACGGGGCCGUGUGGGCCGUGCAGCGAGCUCUACUAUGACUUCCACCCCGAGCGCGGCAUCCACGGCGCUUGCUGUCUGCCCUGUGCUGUGUGCGCUGUGCUAUGUGCGCUGUGCUGUGUGCCCAGUGCUGUGUGCGCUGUGUUGUGUGCCCUGUGCUGUGUGCGCUGUGCUGUGUGCCCUGUGCUGUGUGCCCUGUGCUGUGUGCCCUGUGCUGUGUGCCCUGUGCUAUGUGCCCUGUGCUGUGUGCGCUGUGCUGUGUGCGCUGUGCUGUGUGCGCUGUGCUGUGUGCCCUGUGCUGUGUGCGCUGUGCUGUGUGCCCUGUGCAGUGUGCCCUGUGCUGUGUGCGCUGUGUUGUGUGCGCUGUGCUGUGUGCCCUGUGAUGUGUGCCCUGUGUUGUGUGCGCUGUGCGAUGUGCGCUGUGCUGUGUGCCCUGUGCUGUGUGCGCUGUGCUGUGUGCGCUGUGCUGUGUGCCCUGUGCUGUGUGCCCUGUGCUGUGUGCGCUGUGCCGUGUGCCCUGUGCUGUGUGCGCUGUGCUGUGUGCGCUGUGCUGUGUGCCCUGUGCUGUGUGCGCUGUGCUGUGUGCGCUGUGCUGUGUGCGCUGUGUUGUGUGCGCUGUGCUGUGUGCCUCUAUCGCAGGAUCUGGGCGACGACAGUCGCUUCAUAGAGCUCUACAAUCUGGUCUUCAUGGAGAGCAACCGCCGUGAUGACGGGUCGUUGGAGCCGCUGCGCUGCAAGAACAUCGACACGGGGCUCGGCCUUGAACGCCUUGCGCAGAUCCUGCAGCAGGUGCCGAGCAACUACGAGACGGACCUCAUCUUCCCCAUCGUGCAGCGUGCUGCUAAGCUGGCGGGUGUGGACUACCACAGCGCGGAUGACGACACCAAGCGCAUGCUCAAGGUGAUAGGCAACCAUGCGAGGGCCGUGGUGCACCUGGUGGCGGACGGCGUGUCGCCCUCCAAUCUCGGCCGCGGCUACGUUGUGCGUCGCCUCGUGCGCCGCCUUGUGCGCACCACCAGGCUGCUCGGCAUCAACGCCGCCACCACUCACAACCACAGCGACUCUGCCAAUGGCAACGGCAGUGCUGCUGGAAGCAGUGACUCUGCCUUCCUGCCCAUCAUCGCUCGACAGGUGAUAGCGAUGAGUGCACACAUCAACGGCAACGUGGCAGAGCGAGCAGAGCGGGUGGUGGAGGAGCUGCGGCGCGAGGAGGAGCGGUUUUUGGCCACGCUGGAGCGCGGCAAGAAGAUGCUCGACCUUCUGCUCUCCCAGGCGCUCUCCCACGCCGCUGAUAGCACUGCUGCUCAUGCUGCUGCUGACGGUGCUGCUGCAGGAGGGGAGGGGGUGGGGGUGGUGGUGGGGGCGGUGUUGAGUGGGCGGGAUGCGUUUGUGCUAUACGACACGUAUGGGUUCCCCGUGGAGAUGACAGAGGAGGUGGCGCGGGAGAGGGGCGUGGCCGUGGACAUGGCGGGCUUUGAGCAACAGAUGGCGGCACAGCGGAAACAAUCGCAGGCGGCGCACAGUGCGAUCAAGCUGGCGGUGGGUGGGGCAGCAGCGGACCUGGCAGGGCAGGUGCCGGAAACCGAGUUCGUGGGGUACUCGUGCCUCGCCUCCUCCUCGCCCGUGCUGGCGCUCGUGGUGGACGGCAGGGUGGUGGAGCGCGCAGCAGCGGGGCAGGCAGUGGACGUGGUGCUGGCGCGCACGCCCUUGUACGCCGAGGGGGGCGGGCAGAUCGCCGACUGGGGGCACAUGCGCGUGCUGCAGGGCACGGAGGGGGAGGGGGAGGGGGCGGUGGUGCGGGUGAGGGAUGUGCAGCGCGCGGGGGGAGGGCUGUGGCUGCACCGGGGGGAGGUGGAGGAGGGCAAGGUGUGUGUGGGUGACGAGGUGGAGGCGGUGGUGGAUGAGAAGCAACGGCUGCGUGCACAGGCGCACCACACAGCAACGCAUCUGCUGCAGGCGGCGCUGCGCGAGCAACUUGGCCCGGACGUGGCGCAUGCGGGCAGCCUGGUGGCGUUCGACCGGCUGCGCUUCGACUUCCACUUCCCGCGCGCCCUCACGCCCUCCGAGCUCGCCGCCGUGGAGGCGCGCGUCAACAAGUGGAUCGCCGCUGGGGCUGAUGUCACGGCGGCCAAUAUGCACAUUGCUGACGCCAAGGCUGCCGGGGCGAUUGCGAUGUUUGGAGAGAAGUACACGAUGAGACCAUCCCCGGUGGGAACCAAGUAUGGUGCCGGUGCCAUCGCGAUGUUUGGAGAGAAGUAUGGUGAGGGUUCAAGCGAACCUCAAGUGGCGCUCCGAGGGGUGUCGGUGCGUGGUAGCGAGCACAUGAGCCCACUCCAACACAUCUCUCCCCCUCGCCCUCUCCUUCUUCCUCCGCUAUCCUCGCCCCAACAGGUGCGAGUGAUAGACGUGCCGGGAAUAAGCAUGGAGCUGUGUGGCGGCACGGACGUGGGCAACACAGCGCACAUCCGCGCCUUCAAGCUGCUCUCCGAGGCCGGCAUCGCAGCGGGUGUGAGGCGCAUUGAGGCCGUGGCGGGCGAGGCGGCUGUGGACCUUCUGCACCAAUGGGACGGCGUUGUCAAGGCGCUCUCCUCGUCCCUCAAGGUGAAGGCGGAGGAGGUGCCGGCGCGAGUGGCGGUGCUGCAGGAGGAGCUGCGGGCGGCGCGCAGCGAGGCGGAGAGCCUGCGGGGCGACCUGGCUGUGGCGCGCUCACAGCUGCUGCUGGGGCAGGCCGAGACCGUGGGGGCCAUGGGGUGCCGCGUGCUGGUGGCGGAGCUGCCCGGGGUGACAGCAGACGCCCUCAAGACGGCUGCAGAGAGCCUCGCGGCACAGCUGUCGGCAGGCGGUGAGGGCGGCAGCAGUGAGAGUGCCGUGGUGCUGGCGUCGGGCAGCAGUGAGGAGGGCAAGGUGGCCAUCGUGGCUCUGCUCAGCCCCGCGGUGGUCAAGGCGGGCGUGAAUGCGGGCAAGCUGGCGGGCGCCAUGGUGCGCGUGUGUGGGGGAGGGGGAGGGGGGCGCCCCAACUUCGCGCAGGCAGGGGGGAGGCAGCCGGAGAAGCUGCCGGAGGCGCUGGCUGUGGGCAGGGCGGAGCUCAUGAAGCAGCUGGGGGCGUAG